UAGAACAGGUGUUACUAUUGACUGUAAUGGUCUAUACGUGUAUGUAUAACCAUAUUGUUGUUUGGGCAGGGAGAUAUAUACUAUAUUCCUCUAUGACGAUGGACACGGUGAUAUCACUAAGUGACGGCCAUACAGAUCUGAGGGAGUAUUCAGAAUGAUAUCAAGGUCGGUCGCGUAUGGAUCUAAAAAAAGACCCUAUUGAUGGAGUGAUGGGCAAUAGAGGGGAUUCCCAAGACUCGGAGCUGAACGUGGUACUCUUGACCAAAGCCACCAUGACGCCAUGACAGUUGCACGUAGAUAGAAUGGGUUAUGGCAGCAACGAUUUCCAUGAGAAACCUCCACUAAACAAGGUCGGACAAGAGACGAUGUCGACUGGGCAGAAGACGCAUCGGCGUGUUCAAAAUGGCGGUGAUAGUGCUGACGUUAAACCUGUGAGGUUGAAACUGGGUCAAAACACCGCAGAGCCGGACACUAGUCAGUUGUCGUUUGAACAAAUGUGGGAAUUACAGCGGGUGACUGACAAACGCGUUAAGAACAGAGUCUCGGAAGGCCUGUCUCCAGAAGGCAAGAUGGCGAUGGAACAAGCAAAGACGGAGCUUGAACUCUCCAGGAAGGACGGAAGGAUUAAAAAUGGCGCCUUAAACAGAACCAUAACCGAUAGCCAAAAUAGCAAUCACAAGAAACGCGGAAAAGUUAAAAAGCAAAUAAGUUUUGUCGACGCAUAUGAAAGUUCGUCUGCUUCGAGACUCUCCGGGGACCUCCUGGACGAGAGUUCCGGUGACAGGACUCAACGACGUCGUGCACUCGGCGGAGGCAAUGUUUGUGUCGCCAUGGAAACGGUAGAGAUUGUCAGCUACGGGGAAACGCCUAGUGAUUCGGAAGCAGACGACAUUGCAAUUGAGGAAACGGCGAAACUGAAUUCUGUGGAGAAAUGUCUUGUUUGGAUGGGAGUCCAUAGCCAAGAAGGUUGACCCACUUGGAGAUGAUAGCGUGGGUACAGAGGGCUCGGGGAUGAAUACAUGUUUAAAGGGGGUGUCACGUGGGCUGAAAUUGUGUCACCACAGUGUAAACGUAAGGUGGAGAUAUUCAUCAUAGUUCGAACUUACAUUUGCACUCUCUGGGCUGCUUGAGUGUAACGUAGACCAGCUCUUGCUGCACGUUCUACAGAGACG